AUACGGGAAAGCGUCUGCUUGCGGUCUCUACGGAGGAAAGGAUGGAUGUGUAGAAGUCCAAGGAACGUUUCUGUGCGCUUUUUUUUACGCAGUUGGGACGUCAAACUAUCAUGGCAGUCUGUGGGGAAAGCGUCGCUGUCGUCCCAGCAACAACUUUAUUAACUUUUAAUAUGUCCAACUUUACGUUUUAGCCGCACCGCUGAUCUUUCUUAGCAUGGACAGCAAGGAUUAGUUAGCCUCGGCAUCACCCGGCAGCGACCACACUCCCCCGGUGACAGGUUUGUGAGCCGACAUGGGCAAGCUGCAGAGCAAGUUUCGCAAGAGGUCUGAUGUGUACCGCGCAUCUGAAGGGGAGAAGGCUGAGAACUCCUAUGACAGCCAGGUGUUACAGUAUGAACCUGCCCACCAAGGAUCCAUCAACGCUGUGACUAAUCUCAGCCCAGACCUGUGUGUGUCUGGUGGCAGUGACCAGGCCGUCGUGGUGUACGACUGGAAAGAAGGCCGGAUGUGUCAGUCCUUCCAGGGCCACAACAGAGAGGUUACCAAGGUGCUUUGUUAUCCCGGCAGUACAUGGAUCUUCAGUGCCUCGCGGGACAAGACCGUCCUCAUGUGGGACCUGGACCAGGGGGACGAACCGAUUCAGGAGUUUUGUGGACAUGAGCUGGUUGUCAACGGAAUAGCCAUCAGCCCCGAUGGGAGGAAGCUUUGCACCGGCUCUCGGGACAACUGGAUGUGCCUGUGGGAUAUAGAGUCUGCUAAAUGUGAAAACAGACACAACAUCUCGAGAAACCUGGUGACUCAUGUAUGUUGGGUGCCAGCUAGCUUUUCUGUAGUCCAAACCUCAGAAGAUAAAACUAUAAGGGUGUGGGACAGCCGUUCGUGGCAGGUGACCAACACUUUUCCAGCUAAGCAGUAUAUACAGACGUACUGUGACGUCUCUCCAAACGGUCACUACUUGGUGUCCAGCAGCAACGGCCACGGAGGCCAGGGCUGUGAAGCCACGCUCUGGGACUUGCGUCAGCCUGGCUGUAAAGUUGUGGAGUACAGAGGUCACCUGCAGACCACGGCCUGCUGCCAGUUUCUGCCCGUGUCUCCCGGUGGCUCGGCUCAGAUAGCGACAUCCUCUCACGACAGCUCGGUGAAAAUCUGGGAUCAGAACACUGCAGUCUGUCUCGGCACGCUGUCCCUGGAUGGUGCCGGCCCGCUGCUUUCCGUGGCUCCCACUGAUUCCAGCGGUUUGCUGUGUGCCAGCUUCAACUCCGGCCUCCAGCAUAUCCAGGUGGAGCAGAGGUCCCCCCAGGCUCACGGUUCCGGCGCUGGUUCGGGUGGUGCCGGAAGCCUGGAUAUGAGGGUUGUGGCACGUUUCUGACGGCACCGAAAGCACCCGAUGCGACUUUUAAAUCUGACAUAUAGACAUCGAGGCAUUCAGCGAGCUCCAACCACAAGAUGUCUAUUUAUCCAAACCUUUUUUAGGUCAUAAUUUUACACACGUUUUUGCCAGCAUCUUUGCUUUACCAACCUGCCAUACUGAGAGAAUGCCAGAAGAGGGAGUUGGUGAGCCAGGUGAGCCAGGUGAUGCGUGAAGGUUGUCCUUUAAAGCCACAGUGCCUUGCUAAAGUGAUCAUACGCCUUAAACUCUUUCACAUUUUGUCACUUGUCAGCCAGCGACUUGACAGUUCAGUGUGGUUUUUUUUGGAUUUUAUUUGAUAAAGCAACACGAGGUAGUGCAUAGUUGUCACGUGGACGCAAGACUUUACAGGAUUCUCAACAUUGUUUUCCAAAUUAAAAUCUGAAAAGUGUGGGAAGCACACUCCCCCUCCUCCCCCGGGGUCAAUGCUCUGUUUAAGCCCCUUUCGUUGUCUGUUGCUGCCAGCUUCACUCAUGUAGAAAUUAACAUUUUUACUCUUUUGCUAAAUAUGGAGCUCAAUCUGAGAUCACAUGCAGAGCGCCUGUGAAUAUAAACUUCCAAGUCUUGUGACAGAUUAGAUUCAGUUAGAUUUAGGCUAAGGCCCUUCUAACGAAUUCGCGUUGAUCUACUAUGCUCCAUGGUAGCGCUGGCUGUAUGUGGAGCGCAGUUAUCCUGCUGGAAGGUGAACCUCGUCACUGAAGUUUUUCAGCCUCUCGUUGUUUCUCUUCCAGAGCUCCAUCCAUCCUCCCAUCAGCUCUGACCAGCUUCCCUCUCCCUGCAGAAGAAAAGCUGUCCCUCAGCAUUAUGGUGCCACCGCCAUGUUUAAACUUGAGCGUGGGGUGUUGAGGGGUGCUACUUUGCUGCCAUGCAUAGUGUUUUGGUUGGAGGCCAGUUCAUUUCUAUGUGAUCAUUUCUGACCAGAACACCUUCUUCCACGUGUUGUCUGUGCCUCCGACAUGGUUCGUGAGAAACCGCCUGAAGUUGGGAUCUCUUCUGGCUAUUUUCCCCCCAACAAUUCAGCAAUCUUGUGGCUCAAAAGUCCAGAUUUGUGAAAUUUCUAUAGUCAUUGAUGUCCUGCCAACAAAUGAUCCCAUCUAAGCUGUAAAUCUCUGCAGCUCCUCCUGAGUUGCCCAGUCUGGUAGAUUUGGGCAGCGGCCAUGUCUUGGUAGGGUUCCAGUUUAGAUGAUGGACUAAACAUUGGUCUGUGAUGUUCAGAGCUUGACAUAUUGUCUUAUCAACCUUUCUACAGCUUUAUCCCUGACCUGCUGUGUUCCUUAGCCUUUACAGAACACACGUAUUUAUGCUGAGUUCACAUUAAAUUACCCACAGAUGGACCCUUUUUGUUAUUUUGGUACGUUUUAACGGCAGUUGGUUUUACAAGGAUUUAAUAUUUGCGGUAUUGGAAUAGACAGAACAUCAACUUUUUAGAUCGUGUUUGUAAAAAGAUUCAAAUAACCAUGCAUUCUGUUCCUUCCUGUUUAGCAGUGUGCGCUUGCGUUAUGUUGGUCUAUCACAUAAAAUCCUCAUAAAAUACAUUGAAGUCUGUGGUUGUAAUACGACACAGUGUGAGAAAAGUUCCAGAGGUGUGACCACUUUAGCAAGGACCUGUACUGACGUGGUCUGUAAGUAUCAUGAGUCAUGCCUGAUUAAUUUGACCUCAUAUUAUGGUAGCUGGAAUUAAUUCCUCUAUAUUUAGCGACGUGGAUCAUGAAAAGCCAAAGAAAAGCCUCCAAUUCAAUUAAUGUCCUUUUUUUUGAUUGUUUUAGUUUGAUAAACUACAUGUUGCCUCGACUUGGACACAAAAACCAGACUAGUGUUGAAAAUCUGGAAACAGUAUCAGAAAUAAUACUUUUGUUGAGGUGUGGAUUUUUAGAGCCAUGGCAAAGCUUUGAACUGCUGUAAUCUACUGGACUGUCUUCUUUAGGCUGACUCUAAAUGGACUCGUAGGACCAUAGGUUUAGUCAAAGCACGCUCUCAUCCAUUCUGGUGCCGGUCCGAUUCUCAGAACAUGACGAUUUGAUGAAUUCACAAAGUUAGUUCUGUUUGUCUGACCGCACCUGUAAAAGUUUCUCUUACAUGAGACUGAGCAAGAGCUUAAUUAAGGGUAAUUACCUUUUUUAUUAUUUAAGAGGAAAAAAAUAGUUUUAUUUUGUUUGCACUGUUGUUUUUUUUUGUUGAAACUAAAGAAUAUUGAAACGCCAGCUUGUAUGAACUUAUUUUUUGUUCUUGCAUAGAAAAGGUUUUCCUGUUGAUGCAGAUUCUUAUAUUUUGACCUUAAGAUGCUGAUAGCUUUGUUUUUAAACAGAACUUUUGAUUUUUUUAAAGCAACUAUGCAAAAACAAGUUAUUGACUUUUUUUGAUGAACUAAACAUGAAUCAGAGUACAAUGUGCAACUGUAACAUUUCCAGCGUUGUGCAGUCUUUCAGUACGAGGUUCUCUGCCAACUACUUAAUGUAGUUAUCCAUUCUAAAUAAAUCCACUAAGUUAAGGCAAUACGUUUUAAUAUUAUUGAAAAGUUAAUUUAUUUCAGCAAACAACACAGACUGAUGAUGUUUUAAAGCCUUUUUCCGUUAAUUAUUUUAAAAUUAGAAUAUUGUGUCAGACCAAUAAAAAAGCAAAAAUCUUCAUGUAGAAAUGGAGCCUUAAUGAAAAGAAUGUUUAAAAUCGGCUUAACGUUGUUUUAUUUAUCAAAGGUACUUUUAAUUUGAGCAACGAGCCUCUUAGAAGUCCAUAUUCUAAUUUCUUGAAUUACUUUACGUUAACUAAAGCUGCUCUCAUGGUGGAGCUGCAGCCCUGAUCCAACCACUGAAGCCCAGACGUGUUGCACCAAGAUAAGCAGGCAGAAAAACCAGUGAAGCAGAAAGAGAACUCACCGUGGUUUUAUCCUAAGCUGCGUCGAUCACAGAGAUUUCCAGUUUCUCUGACCGAUUAGUACUCAGGAAUUUAGGGAAUGCCAACAACCACAUCGCUGAUUUUGGUGAUAGUUUGCUUACCUGUCAGUUUAAGCAUCACAUAUCGAUUUCAUGUUUGUUCUGAUUCUUGAAUCACUCGCUCACCUUGUGUUUGAUACUUGCUGAUGAAUAAAUAAAUUUAUUUAUUUUUCAAAAUGUA